UCCAACAACAUCGCAGUCACCAACAUCAGAACCAGCCACAACAACAGUAACCACAAAUGUUAUCCCUAGUUCCACGGUGACGUCAGUGGAAGAUCAAACACCAACCGGUACGGCAGGAGAAGAAACAAUGCCUGUUGUUGAAACUAUGUGCCCCUGUUCCUGUGACUACAUGGACAAAAUCGUGUACUGGAGAAAUGAGACAAACCAGCUGAGACAAUACUAUGAACUGAGUGAAAGGUUGGCUCAACUCAAGCGCCUCCUCAGCGUCAACACAAAGAAUCUCUCCUCCACCGUGAACAAGAAGAUCAGCGCUGACGACGAGCGGCCGACAGCCUCUGUGACAGGUUACGUGGGAGUCGUCUUUAUUGCCUUAUUUCUUGUUGGAAUGGCCCUGGCUGAUGCUCCUGUAUUGAUUCGGCAGACUUCUAAACUCCUCAAAGACAUCAGAAAACUGUGUGCUCUAAAAUAAGUUACACCGCUCUCUGUCCUUUUUAUCUAAUUACAAAAAAGAUGAGAAACGAGACUUUAUGAUAAACGUGAUGACUUCGACUUUCCUAUCGUCAAAUUCCCUUCCUUUUGUAGUAAUACAUCUUGAUCACUUUAAUAUAGGGUUUAUAACAGUUUUUAAGACGAGGCAAGUUAUUAACAAACAAGUUGAUGAAUCAAAAAUAUUGUUUUGCAAGGUCUAUGAUCGAUAGGAUGACCUCGUCGCAAUUACAAUCUAA